CAGGAAGUCCUCUCUGGUCACUGGAGCUCAUAGUUACUGAACAGAAGAGCUAUGAGCUUCCUGCUCAUCUCACUGCUGUUGGCUGCUAUGUGCUUUGAAUGCAGAGCUCAAAAAGACAACGUGCUCCAACCCAAAGGAGGUGUGACUGUUAGUGAGGGAGAGACAGUAACACUGGACUGUCACUAUAACACCAGUGGCUCAAAUACAUAUCUUUUCUGGUACAGACAGGCUACAGACGACAAGCCCACAUUCAUUCUGAGCCGCUCUAGUUUUGGAUCAGGGGACACAGCGGACGGGUUCAAGGAGAGAUUUGAUUCCAGCCUGGAUUCCAGCUCAAGAUCAGUUCCUCUGAAGAUCCAGAGUCUGCAGCUGUCUGACUCUGCUGUGUACUACUGUGCUCUGAGGUUGGCUGCUAUGUGCUUUGAAUGCAGAGCUCAAAAAGACAACGUGCUCCAACCCAAAGGAGAUGUGACUGUUAGUGAGGGAGAGACAGUAACACUGGACUGUCACUAUAACACCAGUGACCCAGGUGCAUCUCUUUACUGGUACAGACAGGCUGCAGACGACAAGCCCACAUUCAUUCUGAGCCGCUCUAGUUUUGGAUCAGGGAACACAGCGGACGGGUUCAAGGAGAGAUUUGAUUCCAGCCUGGAUUCCAGCUCAAGAUCAGUUCCUCUGAAGAUCCAGAGUCUGCAGCUGUCUGACUCUGCUGUGUACUACUGUGCUCUGGUUCCAGUUAUCAGCAAACCAUCCAGUCCCUCCAAGACAGAGUACAUGGUCUAG